AUGGCUUCAGAGGGUGACGAUACUGUCGUCGUCAACAAGAACAAGCGAUUUAGGAAGGAAAAGCCACAUUUCACUCGUGCGCUUUCCCCAUCGACUUAUGCAUAUCAAAACAGUUGGAAGGUCGAUCCGUUCACGGCUGCCGACAACAAGGGUGGUACAUUCACUGAAGAGUCUUCCUUCGCCACGCUGUUCCCAAAAUACCGCGAAAAAUACUUGCGCGAAGCUUGGAGCGCAGUCACUCGAGCUCUCGACCCCCAUGGCAUCUCAUGCCAACUUGAUCUCAUUCAUGGUUCCAUGUCUGUGCGAACCACUCGCAAAGCCUAUGACCCCUAUGUCAUCCUCAAAGCGCGCGACAUGAUCAAGCUGCUCGCGCGUGGAGUCGCCGUAGGUCAGGCGGUCAAGAUCUUGGACGACAAUGUCGCAUGCGACAUCAUUAAAAUUGGCAAUGUCGUUCGGAAUAAGGAGCGCUUUGUCAAGCGGAGACAACGUAUCAUCGGACCAGACGGAAGUACCCUCAAGGCGAUAGAACUCUUGACACAAUGCUACGUCCUGGUGCAGGGCAGCACUGUCAGUGUCAUGGGACCAUAUAAAUCUCUCAAGGAGGUUCGGAGAAUAGUUCUUGAUUGCAUGAAGAACAUACAUCCUAUAUACCGGAUCAAGGAGCUCAUGAUUAAGCGAGAGCUGGCGAAGGACCCAAAGCUUGCUGAAGAGUCCUGGGACCGUUUUCUGCCUCAGUUCCGCAGGAAACACCUGAAGACGUCCGAGAAGACCGCGCGGAAGAACGAUAAAGUGGAGGCAAAGAACGAGGCCAGGAAGGCGGCCGGUGUGGAGCCAGAGCCCGCACAGAAACCCGAGAAGAAGGUGUACACACCGUUUCCACCAGCACAGCAGCCGCGGAAGAUCGACCUGCAACUCGAGUCUGGAGAAUACUUCCUCCAGCCUCACGAAAAGAAGCGGAGGGAGGACCGGGAGCGGAUGCAGAAGCAAACAGAAGUUUCUGCGAAGCGGCGGGCGGAGCGCGCAGAAGCGUUCGUCGCCCCUGUCGAGGAAGCUGCGCCUACUGUUGAGGAGAAGCGGAAGCGGAAGCGCCAGGAGGGGGAAUCGGGGGCUGUGGAAGCGCCGUCUCGUGAAGACAAGGACGGAAAGAAGAAGAAAAAGAAGGCACGUUUUGCAGCUGAGGGCGAUUCAUGA